GGCGUGCGCGGUCUGCCCGCGGAGGAGGGGCGGAGGCGGGCCCGAGCUCUCUCCGGCGCCCGGGCAGCGGCGGGAGCGGGGCGGCGGGCAUGGCGGAGGCGCGGCCGGGGCCGGCGGCGGGGGCGCAGCUCAACGGGCUUCCAGACCACUCGCCGCUGCUGCAGCCCAGCCUGGCCGAGCUGCGGCGCCGGGCUGGGGAAGCGGGCGCUCGGCCGGCGCGGCGGCCGCUCAGCGACGCCUUCCUGCUGCGGUUCCUGCGCGCCCGGGACUUCGAUCUGGACCUGGCCUGGCGGUUACUGGAAAACUACUAUAAGUGGAGAGCAGAAUGUCCAGAAAUAAGUGCAGAUCUCCAUCCUAGAAGCAUUCUUGGCCUUCUGAAGGCCGGCUACGUCGGCGUCCUGAGAGCCCGAGACCCCACUGGCAGCAAAGUUCUGAUUUACAGAAUUGCACACUGGGACCCAAAAGUUUUCACAGCUUAUGAUGUGUUUCGCGUAAGUCUAAUCACGUCCGAGCUUAUUGUACAGGAGGUAGAAACACAACGGAAUGGAAUCAAGGCUGUCUUUGAUUUGGAAGGCUGGCAGUUUUCUCAUGCUUUUCAAAUUACUCCAUCUGUAGCCAAGAAGAUUGCUGCUGUUCUUACAGAUUCCUUUCCAUUAAAAGUUCGUGGUAUCCAUUUGAUAAACGAGCCAAUAAUUUUCCAUGCUGUCUUUUCCAUGAUUAAACCAUUUCUGACUGAAAAAAUUAAGGAACGGAUUCAUAUGCAUGGGGACAAUUACAAACAAAGUUUACUUCAGCAUUUCCCAGACAUUCUUCCAGUGGAAUACGGUGGUAAAGAAUACUCCCUGGAGGACAUUUGUCAGGAGUGGACAAAUUUUAUAAUGAAGUCUGAAAAUUAUCUCAGCAGCAUUUCACAGACCGCUAAAGGAGAAGAAGUUACUUAAUGUGAGAGACUUCCUAAUUAAAAAUACAUGAGUAAGAUCCUACCUGGUUAUAUGAAUGAAAGAAAAAGAAUCAUUAAACUAAUGCUUUUCCGAUUGAUUUUUUUCAAUGUAAAAAUCUUCUAACUUGAGCAACAUGGGUAUUUGGGAAAUUUCUUUACUUUUUAAAUAUCUUUUCUUUACCUUUAAAGUAAUUAAAUAUUAUUAUACCUUAAAAGCAUAGAAGAGGUUCCUGAUUUUUGCACUCGGAAGAAAGUGAUCUCUAAAGUAUCUUUUCAUGCGCACUUUGGUGUGUUUCUCAAAAGUUUUAUUUUAAACAACUUUUCUGGUCACACUGGUUUGAUUAUAAAUGAAUAAAUAGUCCACUGAAAAGAAAUAUUAGCACAAAUCAACUGAUUAUAAAAAUCUAUUCAUACUCAUUUUGGGUGCGUGUCAGAUAGACUAUAAUUCAGAUUAAAAUCUGAAUACAGUUUUAUAUAGUUAUUUCUGUGGGCCAGCAAGGUAGUUCACCUCAGGGAAAUUCUAUUUUACCAUAUUUGCACAAUAGAAACUUUUGAUUGAAGAGUCUGUACGCCAUAAACUCUUAUGUGUAGCAUCAAUAGGUCUCUAUGAAAUUAUUCAUGUUGAUACAGUUAACUACAUAGAGAUUCAGAGGUGGAAUAAUAUUUGGUUGCCGUAUACGUGGACUCUAUUUUUUGAUUGAACAGUAACACAACUACACAAGGGAGAGGAAAUGUUUACAUUUUAAAAUCACUGUCAACUACAUCUGGAACUUUUCAGAUUAUGCAUGAAGAAAUUUGGGUUUUACUGUAUUAUCAGAACAUUCUAGCCAAAUCCUACAAUUCAUAUUUACUUAAAAAAAAAUCAGGAGUUAAAAUGUGCUGUUUGUACUGUAGCUAUGUUAAAGCAUAUUUCAUUUAUUGAGAAAGAUAUGUCAAUAUAGCUUUCAACUUAUGACAACUUUUAUAGUAUUUUAUAAUUUUUAAAUUUUAUUUUAAACUUAAACCUGAAAGAACACAGUGUACAAAAUUUGUUAAACAUUUUUUAGCUUAGUUGGGUUUCAACAUUAAUCAUACAAUAGUAUCUUUGUGAAAGAAUAUGUAAAGGGUGUUUUUCUUUAUAAGAAAAUUAUUCUAAUCAGAUGAGCUGAUACUUAUGAUUCUCUGUACAUAUAUCUGUGAAAAAUUGAGAGUGAUUGUGAAUGUUCUUUAGAGAACGUGUUUGAUUUUGAUUUAGCAUUGGGAAGGUAACUUUACAUUAUAAAUUUAAUUUAAAAUAUUAGAUCAUGCCUGUUUUCUAAAAAGUGUUAAAAUCUUCUUUACAAAAUCAUACAAUUUAAAUUGUAUAAUUAAAAAUGACAGCAGAAUAAAACUAUUUAAAAAGUAUAAAUAAUAGCAACAACAAAAAGUUCUAGUUUACCCAACUUUUAUUCCGAGAAGGUUUACAUCACAAAGUUCCACUUCAUUCACAUUUGGGUGCUUAAAACACUUUCUUCUGACUCUGUGAAGGAAUGAUUACUUUAGCACAAGAAUAAAGGAUAGUAUUUUUAAAUGUCUUUUAAAUAUGAUUCAUUGAUGAUGUUACUGACAGUAAAUAGAAUUAAAAUAAGUCAAUCAGUAGAAGUACAUUUCAUGAUAGGACUUUGAAUUUUUUAUGAAAUGCAGCGAUUCACUGAAGAACAUUAAAAGAACAAUGUAAAAUGAACAGGCAGUUUUAUAAGGUGGCAAGAUAAAUAACUAUUGAAUUGUCUCUAUUACUUUACUGUAAUUGCACCAGAGGUGCCUUUUAAAAGAUUAACUCUAACGUGUGCUCAUUGUGUUACUGAACUGCCCGAUAAUUUAUUUGUUUUAAUAUUGUUCAAAACAAAAUAAAGAUCUUUCACACAA